AGACAACUGAAACUACUUGAGUCAGAUCCAUAAAUUAAUGUAAAAAGACAUUUUACAAAAACACGUAAGGCUAGAAGAGAGCUGUAGAGUGAGGAAGAGAGAAGCAGAAGAGGUUUGUGAAGAUGGGUUGUGGUCAGACAACGUUUCUCCUGGACUCUACAGUCAGCCGCCGGUCAAAGCAGGAGUCCCCUCGCUAAAACCCAGAGCUGCUUAAUUCACCUGCUGGAGGAGACCCCACCCUCGGUGAUGUGAUGAAUAAGUUUGAAGUCCUUGGCAUUGUAGGAGAAGGAGCGUAUGGAGUGGUGCUUAAGUGCAGGCAUAAGGAAACCAAUGAGCUGGUGGCCAUUAAGAAGUUCAAAGACAGCGAAGAAAAUGAGGAGGUCAAGGAGACGACGCUUCGGGAGCUGAAGAUGCUUCGGACACUGAAGCAGGACAACAUCGUUGAGCUGAAAGAAGCUUUCCGCCGGAGAGGGAAACUCUACCUUGUCUUUGAAUAUGUCGAGAGGAACAUGCUGGAGCUAUUAGAGGAACUGCCCAACGGUGCACCGCCUGAUAAAGUCCGCAGCUACAUCUACCAGCUCAUCAAAGCCAUCAACUGGUGUCACACGAAUGAGAUUGUACACAGAGAUAUCAAGCCGGAGAACCUCCUCAUAAGCUCGGAGGAUGUUCUCAAACUCUGUGACUUUGGUUUUGCUCGUAACCUGUCUGAAGGGACAGAUGCCAAUUACACUGAGUAUGUGGCUACAAGGUGGUACCGCUCGCCUGAGCUGCUGCUGGGGGCUCCCUAUGGAAAGGCCGUGGACAUGUGGUCGGUGGGGUGUAUCCUCGGGGAGCUGAGUGACGGACAGCCCUUGUUUCCAGGGGAAAGUGAGAUAGAUCAGCUCUUCACCAUUCAAAAGGUUUUGGGGACACUUCCUGCAGAGCAGAUGAAACUUUUCUACAACAACCCUCGCUUUCAUGGAAUCAGAUUUCCCUCAGUUACUCAUCCUCAGACUUUGGAGAGAAGGUACCAAGGCAUCUUGAGUGGUUUGAUGUUGGAUCUGAUGAAGAACCUGUUGCUGUUAAACCCGACUGAGCGUUAUCUGACAGAGCAGAGUUUGAACCAUCCGGCCUUCCAGCCUCUGAGGCAGGCAGAGAGAGAGAGGCCUUCUCCGGCAUCUCCCAACCCACCGCGCUCCUCCAAGAGGAAAACACACCAUCAUGGAGAGAACACAGUUCCCACAAGAAGUCACACUAAAAGCACGAGCCGCCGCUCCAACAGCAAAGAAUGUUCCAGCCUCCCUCGCCAUGGUGACCUCCAUCACCUUGGCAACAAGAGUUUCCUCAACGGUAACAAACCGUCCCCAACCAGUUUAAGUCCUACGCUCCACCCCAAGGCCCAGUACAUGUCCCAGACCCUCAAUCGUUCUGUCUCAUCCAACAAAGACCUGGCUAACAACAACUUGCCACACCUCCUCAGUCCCAAAGAAGCCAAAGGCAAGACAGAGUUUGAUUUCAGCUUGGGACCCUCCCCAAAGCUGCAGGACCAGGGACACGGGGCGAAGUACGGCCACAGCAAACCCAACUCCUCUCGCUCUCAGCAGCAGCAGCAGCAGCAGCAGCAGCAGCAACAGCAGCAGCAGCAACAGCAGCAGGCCGGCCGCCACACCUUCCUAGAAGGCAAGACCAACACACUGCAGUCUGGAGCAGAGAAGCAACAUGGCCGACAUACCCACAGUAUGGCCGACUCCGCCCACGGAUCCAUGUCCUCCUCUUCUAAGAGUUCAGCCUCUUAUCUCAGCCUGUCCAAGAGCCACAGCGGGCUGAGUGAUGCAAAAUCUGUAGGGAACCUCAGCGACGGUCGAAUCCAUCAAGAUGACCCAAACUCUAACACGACAGCAGGGGUGGGACCCGGGGCCCGGUUCUUCCCUGCCAGCUGUUUGGACCUCAAUGCCCCUUCAGGCAGCCCCUCAACUCGACACAGUGACCGUUCCGGGCACAGCCCCGCCUCUCGUAGCAGCGGCAACGUCCGCAUGGAGAGCAGCACACUGGACUCCUCAUCCAGACACAAAUCCAGACAUAAACCUUUAGCACCAGAGGAGGCUGGUGCUCCGGAGCUCUUAGACCCGGGAGGAGCAGGGAUGCCCUCCACUCACACUCUGCCUUCCCCACAUGAGUCUUAUCAUUACGGCCUGGGCUACACCUCACCCUUCUCAUCUCAGCAACGGCCUCAACGCCACUCCAUGUACGUGAGGAGGGAGCGUCAUCGACCACACGGGAUCGAGGGUGGCAUGGCCGGCUUGCCUCCACCGGGGAACGCGAUACCGACACGUGCCAGUAGCCUGCAGCUCCUCUCCCCCCAACUGCAGCACCGGACCACCCUCACCGGACACUCAGUGAGCUCUUCGAGAGAGGACUGCACUGAUGACAUGACGAGGAGCGAGCAGUCCCCUAAUGACAUGAGCCACCCUUGUGUCCCCAUCAAAGACUCUACGAGGGACAACACUCCUGCUUUUCAUACACAGCGCUCAAAAAACGAGGUUGCCAUGUAUCAUGACCCUCAUGGCGAGGAUGGAGGUUCCUCCAAGGAGAACCGGAUGAUCUUCACUGAGUCCAUGCCUCGGAGAGUAGGCAGCUUCUACCGAGUCCCUUCCCCCAGACCAGACAACUCCUCCUCUUUCCAUGACGGCGUUGGGCAGGGUCGAGGGCCCGUCAUACCUGUUGUACCCGGAGACCCUGUUGCCAUGGUCAACCACUCCAAACGCCAGACGGCUUUUGACUGGAACGCUGCAGAAGCAAUGGUCAUGAAUCCUCCAGAGCCUGCCAAAGAGAAGGAAAAACAAGGCUUCUUCAGAGCCAUUAAAAAGAAAAAAAAGAAGACACAAAUAGUUCCUGGUAAUGGACAAGAACACCUGUCCCUGCAGCGGAGCUCCAAGUCAUCCUCUCACCAUGGAAGCCGGAGGAAAAACCGCGAGCGAUCCCGAGACCGGGAGCGGGAACAGAGCCGGGACCGAGACCGAGAGAGAGAGAGAGAACGGGAGAGAGAGAGAGAAAGGGAAAGAGAGAGGGAAAGAGGGAGGGAGAGAGAGAGAAGUCAACCACUUAAGUCACUCCGCAGGCUCCUUCACCUCUCCCCUUCUUCCUCAAAUCAAGGACAGCCUCCUCCUCCUCCUCCUCCAGACCUGCGCUUCCAAGCCCCACUCCCCAACCCCCCCCAGCCCUCCUCAAAAGCAGGCUACUCCGAGGGUCGAGGGCACGGCGAAAGCAGGGGGCACCCCGGGGUGAGCAGCUCCGCCCAGGCUAAGAGCCGCAAAGCCAGCUACCCCCUCCCCGGACAGAUCGAGUCCAGCUGGCACGUGUCCGCUUUACAGCGCGCGGAGGGCGCUCAGUUCACCCCCGAACAGCUGGGCAUCAAACCGGGGCAGAACGGACCCACCUUUACCCGAGCCUCCCGCACCAGGAUGCCAAACCUCAACGACCUGAAGGAGACCGCGCUGUAA